AUGUUUAACGACCAGAAAGUUUUAGUCGACAUUUACAUCCCAAGGAAAUGUUCGGCUACAUCGAGACUCAUCCACGCCAAGGAACAUGGAGCUGUUCAAAUUAACGUUGGCAUGGUUAACAAGAAUGGAGUGUACACGGGCGAAACGGAAACCUUUGCCAUUGCUGGCCACGUCAGACAGAAGGGAGAAUCGGACGCCUGCAUGAACCGUCUCCUCCACGAGAAGAAGAUGUUGUCCUUCCCGAAUUAG